AUGAAUUUGAGAUCUGAAUUGCAGAAACUAUUGAACGUUUGCUUUUUGUUUGCGUCUGCAUACAUGUUUUGGCAAGGCUUAGCCAUUGCUACCAAUAGCGCUUCUCCCAUCGUGGUUGUUCUUUCAGGCUCCAUGGAACCAGCUUUCCAAAGAGGUGACAUCCUUUUUCUAUGGAAUAGAAAUACUCUCAACCAGGUAGGUGAUGUCGUGGUGUAUGAAGUAGAGGGGAAACAAAUUCCCAUUGUGCAUAGAGUUUUGAGACAACAUAACAAUGGCGCGGACAAGCAAUUCCUCCUGACCAAAGGUGACAAUAAUGCUGGCAACGACAUUUCGUUAUAUGCCAACAAGAAAAUUUACUUGAAUAAGUCAAAGGAAAUUGUGGGGACCGUCAAGGGCUACUUCCCACAACUAGGGUACAUUACGAUUUGGAUCAGCGAGAACAAAUAUGCCAAGUUUGCAUUAUUAGGUAUGUUGGGGUUGAGUGCUCUGCUGGGUGGUGAAUAG